ACGUUAAAAUUUGCUUAUAAACCCAUAAAAUUUUUAUAUAAUUUUAGAUAGUAUAAUUUUUUUUAAGAAUAUGUAAAUAAAAUAAUUUUAAAAAAAGAUUAUUUUAAGCAUUGUUUGAAAUGUGAUUGAAUACUUUGGGUAGGAGGGACAAAUUUUGUUCCGGCGAUAUGUAGAACGCCGCCGGUGCUUGGCGGCGACAGCGAAUACCAUUAGAGCUCGUCCACAGCAAUGGAAGUCAUUCGCCUCGGUUGCGGACUGCCACAGCCUUAUCCCAUCAGAAAUACUCCUCCGCCACAGAGACAAAGAUGGAGCCUCUCUGGCUCCGCCACUUCCCGAUCUCUUUCAAGGCUUUAUCCCCAAUCCGGCGCUUCAUUAACACAGGUUUUCAGGAAAGGUUCCUCAACUUCUGCCAUUUUUCUUCCUUUUCUCCAACAAGAGGAAGAAGAAGAUGAUGACGACAACAAGGAUGAAGAUGGAGUGGCUGUUGUGGAAGAAGAAGAGGAAGAAGAAAACAAAGAAGAAUUGUCAAGUUUAAAAUUGAAUGACCCAAUAAUGAAUUUCUUCAAGACAAGGGUAGAGGGUCCGAACACGGGUUCUGACCCCGAUCGUCUAGGCAAAUUCUCCCUCAGCAAGAACCGCAAAACAUCAUGGCGCCUAUCCCAAUCAACUGAUUCAAGCCUAAAAAAUGAUGAAGUAGAGGAAGAAAACGACGAUGCUCCCAAAAAUGUGGAACUCCAAACAAUUACAAGAGUUGAGGGCGUUGUCGGUGAAAUACUGGAAAGAGCCAAGACAUUACCAGAAAAUGUGACAUUAGGAGAGGCACUAGGGGAGUUUGAGGGCCAAAUCCGGGAGAGAGAAUGUGUGGAGGUGUUGGGGUUGCUGGAGAAGGAGGGUCUGAUCAAGUGCUGCCUGUACUUUUUUGAAUGGAUGAGGAUGAAUGAGCCUUCACUCCUCUCACCUCGAGCAUGUGCAGUUCUCUUUCCAAUACUUGGAAGGGCCGGGAUGGGAAGAGAACUAAUGCUUAUAUUCAGAAGCUUGCCCAGUCACAAGCACUUCAGGAAUGUUCGUGUUUAUAAUUCUGCAAUUUCUGGGCUUUUGACCUCUCAGAGGUAUGACGAUGCAUGGGAGGUCUAUGAGAUAAUGCAGACACAUAAGAUUAAACCGGAUCAUGUGACCUGUUCCAUUCUGCUCACAGGAAUGAGGAAAGAGAGAAAUACAGCCAAGGAAGCGUGGGAUUUCUUUGAGAAAAUGAACAAGGGAGGGGCCAUGUGGAGUCUUGAAGUUAUAGGUGCCUUAGUCAAAUCUUUUUGUGAUGAGGGGCUUAAGAGGGAAGCCCUGAUUAUACAAUCUGAAAUGGAGAAAAGGGGGAUCUCAUCAAAUGCUAUCAUAUAUAACACUAUAAUGGAUGCCUAUGGUAAAUCAAACCAAAUUGAAGAAGCUGAGGGUAUAUUGGCUGAGAUGAAAGUGAAAGGAGUAACACCCACAUCGUCCACAUAUAACAUUUUAAUGGAUGCAUAUAGCAGAAGGGCACAGCCUGAGGCUGUUGAAGAGCUGAUUGAAGAGAUGGAAAAUACCGGCUUGGAGCCCAAUGUAAAAUCCUAUACAUGUCUCAUUAGUGCCUAUGGCAGGCAAAAGAAAAUGAGUCACCGGGCUGCUGAUGCAUUCUUGAAAAUGAAAAGGGUUGGUAUAAAACCAAGUUCUCAUUCAUACACUGCUCUUAUACAUGCUCAUUCUGCCAGUGGGUGGCACGAAAAGGCUUAUAUUGCAUUUCAGAAUAUGCUGAGGGAUGGAGUAAAACCAUCAAUACACACUUAUACUGCCUUGCUUGAUGCAUCUCGGCGUGCUGGUGACACACAAAGGCUAAUGGAAAUCUGGAAAACGAUGAUCAAGGAUAAAAUUUCAGGGACGAGGGUAACUUUCAAUACACUUCUUGAUGGGUUCGCUAAACAUGGUCAUUAUGUUGAAGCAAGAGACGUUAUAUGUGAAUUUGCAAAGAUUGGUUUGCAGCCCACAGUUAUGACAUAUAAUAUGCUGAUGAAUGCAUAUGCACGGGGAGGGCAAGACUCAAAGCUCCCCCAGCUUCUGCAAGAAAUGGAAGCACACAAUCUGAAACCCGAUUCGGUUACUUAUUCCACAAUGAUUUAUGCAUUUGUUCGCGUUCGAGAUUUCAAAAGCGCAUUUUAUUAUCACAAGCAGAUGGUGCAGAGUGGGGAAGUGCCUGAUGCUGAAUCAUAUCAGAAGCUCAGGGCAAUUUUGGAUGCAAAGGCUGCAAUCAAGAAUAAGAAGGAUAGGCGUGCUUUGAAGGGCAUUAUUAAAAGCAGCAUGGGUGUACUGCAGAAGCCAAAAAGGAAAAAAGACAAGUUUUGGAAAAACAGAAAGAAUCGAGAAAGAAAUUGAAACCGUAGAACAGGUUGAUAUCAACAGAAUGUCUUCUGUUUGGUUUGCUUCUUUAAUCUCUGUUGGAGUAUUAGGAAAGGAUGGGAGGAUCCUAAUCACUUGGAAUGGCUAACAAGAUCCGAGUAGCUGUUAGAGGUAAUUGCUCGAUUUUCCCAUAUUAGCAAGCGUGUCAUUUCUCUGACAUAUUGUUUCAUGUGAGUUCUUUCUAUGGCCAACUUUCACACCAUAUGCAUACCUAGUUUACAACAAAAACAACCUAGUAUUACCUAGUUAAUCUAACAAAUAAUUUCUAAAUAUAUUACUAUGUUUUUUUUUUUGACAAUUUCACAUUGCCAAAAUUUAAAUGUUAUACAUUGGUCAAACAUGACACGUUUCUUGGGACAGAGGCAGCAUUCCAAUUUA